AGUGGUGAUCGAAACGUCGAUGUGUGUGGAAGUGAAUUUUAACUUUUCUAACAGAGUCUCACAAAAAUAACAAAUAACUAGUAACUAAAGUACAAUAUCUAAUCGUAACGUGUUGGAACAGACAUUUAACGUGUCAUUAGUUGUUUAAAUUGUAUUCAAGAUGUGUGAUAAUACCAAUCCUUCGACGCAAAGUAUAGCGGACUACUUAGCUCAGUUGCUCAAAGACAGGAAGCAACUGGCUGCGUUCCCGAAUGUUUUCAUGCACAUGGAACGACUUCUGGACGAAGAGAUUGCAAAAGUCCGAGCGAGUUUAUUCCAAAUAAAUGGAGUCAAGAAAGAACCACUCGUGUUGCCAGAACCAGAAGGCAUGGUCACCACACUCACAGAAAAAGUAUACGUGCCAGUAAAAGAACACCCCGAUUUCAACUUUGUGGGAAGGAUUCUAGGACCUAGAGGCAUGACUGCAAAACAGUUAGAACAGGAAACAGGAUGCAAAAUCAUGGUCAGAGGCAAAGGAUCCAUGAGAGAUAAGAAAAAGGAGGAUGCCAACAGAGGAAAACCUAACUGGGAACACUUGGCUGACGACCUACACGUCCUCCUCACAGUUGAAGAUACUGAAAAUCGAGCAAAAAUAAAGCUCGCCAGAGCUGUAGAAGAAGUGAAGCGUCUGCUAAUACCACAAGCAGAUGGCGAAGAUGAACUGAAGAAACGCCAGUUGAUGGAAUUGGCCAUCAUAAAUGGAACCUACCGCGAUUCAAGUGCGAAGGCCGUCGUGCCCGUCAACGGUCAGUGCCUCAUAACCGACGAAGAGUGGCGGCGAGUGGCAGCAGCGGCGGCUGAAACGCAGCGGCUGUUAGCGCCAGGAGGAGGUGUCGCCGGCGUAGGCGGUGUAGCGUUACGCACUCCUGCACCUUUAGGAGCACCUUUGAUACUCUCUCCGCGUAUGUCAGCCGCACCUGGUGCGCAAGCUGGCCUGUUAAACGGCACCGGCAGUGCCACAGGGCUUCUAUCACCAGGCGAGCCGGCUCAUCAGCUGAUCUAUGCGUCGCCAUAUGCUGACUACGCAAACUACGCCGCGCUGACUGCAGGCAAUCCGUUGCUGACUGCGGAAUACGCAGCCGCGGACCAUACGGGUGUCGUGAGGAGGGCGGGUCGGCUCGCGCAAGUGAGGGAGCACCCUUAUCAGCGCACUGCCUUACCGGCGCCUUAAAUUCCCGCCAAUCGCUCUCACGCCGCCAUUUUGUUUACAAGGUGAGAAGCGUGCGACCACGCAUGGCUACGAUGAAUACGUUUGCUUGCAUUGUAGACUUGGUGUCCAUCCCACCAUUGAAGCACUCAACUUUUAUAGAUAAAAACAAUAAUUUUAUGUAGACCACAAAAGAGUUUAUACUGCUUUUAAAGUUUCUGUAGGGCAACUCUGCUAAUGUUAGCGUAGUAAUUAUGGAAAGUGAAUAGCGCUUCAACUAUAACCAUUUACGACAGUCCUUAUCACUAAGAGUAGAUAGCAAUAUAGUCUGCCUACAUUAAUUUGUGAGAAAGACAUUACACUAUAUUUAACUUCAGGUUGAUAGUACAAUGGCAAAAUUAAUGUAGUUGAGGCUCUUGAGAUGCGGUUAUUACGUAAAAAUUAGCAGAAUUUAUGACCUGAGUGUAACUUGAUUCUGAUUUAAGCGUUGGGUGCUUCAGAGUCACGCAGUUUUUUUGUUUUCCAGCAAUCAUAUUCGUCAGCAAGCGUGGGUGCCUAUGCUUUACUGUCUCUCUGUGUCUUUAUAUUUUAUUUAUUUAAUUGUGUACUUAUUAGUUACGUUUCGUAGUUAGUAUGAUGAUAGGAUACUACUUCAUACCGGAUCUGAAGUGACACUGCAUAAUUUGAGAACUGUGAUUUUUAUAUUCUUUUUUUUUAGAUUUUUAGAUCUGACAUGUUGUGAAGCAUUAUGUUCUGAAUAAUUAUAAUUAUUUUUUAAAGUUGUUUUUCAUAUCAGAGUAAUUUAUCAAAUGCUGUUCCAAUGAUAUCACAACAUGUGCCUUAUAACAGCAAUUAUAUUCUUAUCGAAUAUCAAGCUAUUGGGAAGAAGGAUUGAUUUUCAUAUAAAAUAUCUUUUCGAUGUCAUUUGUUAUGCUUUAUAGCUUAUGUUUUUUGUUUAUUAUUACCAAAUAUAUCCACAGUGGUGCUAAGCCGGGUUGUGUUAUCCUUCUUUCCAAUCUUAUCGUCCAGUAUUAGUCAAAGGGUACGGCGUUUUCUGAAAUUGUGCCAUCAAUCCAGUAUUAUUCAAAAUGCCCCUUUGACUUGACAUUUUUCUUAAUCAUCACAACUUUUUCUUAGUCAACAUAAGAUUUUUUUAUAUGAAAUUUUUUAAACUAGUUGUUCUAUUGCCUUAGGUAUUAUAUAUGAACUUUCUUAUUAGGAAGUGUUAUUGUUAAGAUUGCACUUGUGUCCUUGUGGAUUUUAAGACGGCAUGUGCCGAUUACGUAUUCUCACGCUUUAUUAUGAAACUUAUAUAUAGAACAAAAUGCUAUUCUUAAUUUUAUGAAAUGAUUUUAGUAUGAGCGGAUGAUGUUUUUGUAAAGAUAUUGUUUCAAUUGUUGAUUGUAAAUAAAUGCAUUUUCAGAAGAUAUACAUGCAAUAAAUUUGUCUGAAUUUU